AACUCCGACCCCCCCAAACCGCCCCCCCCGCCCCCCGCCAUGGCAGCCCCCCCCCCGCGGGCGCUGGUGCUGGUGCUGGUGCUGAGCGGGGCGCUGGGGGCCGGGGCCGGGGACUGCAAGGGGCAGCGGCGGGUGCUGCGGGGCCCCCCCGGCUUCGUCACCGACGGCCCCGGCAACUACUCGGUCAACGGCAACUGCGAGUGGCUGCUGGAAGCGCCCAGCCGGCGGCACCGCGUGCUGCUGACGUUCACGUUCAUGGACACGGAGUGCGCGUACGAUUACCUGUUCGUGUACGACGGGGCGUCCCCCCGCAGCCCCCUGCUCGCCAGCCUCAGCGGCAGCACCCUGCCCCCCCCCAUCGAGGCCACCUCGGGCAAGAUGCUGCUGCACCUCUUCAGCGACGCCAACUACAACCUGCUGGGCUUCAACGCCACCUUCAGCGCCUCGCUCUGCCCCCGCGCCUGCUCGGGCCGUGGCGACUGCGACCCCCAGGGCCGGUGCCGCUGCCAGCCCGGCUGGGGGGGCCCCGACUGCGCCCAGCCCCACUGCCGCACCUACUGCCAGCCCCACGGCGGAGCCUGCAACCAGGCCACGGGGCGCUGCGAGUGCCAGCCGGGAUUCGUGGGGCGCGCCUGCGACCUGGCGCUGGGGGAGAACCGGGGGGGCGGCCGCUGGUACAACGUCAGCCAGGGGGACCCCGACUUCCCGCCCCGCACCGCCGCUGCCGGCGCCGUCCUGCCCCGCGCCGGGGCCCUCUACGUGUUUGGGGGUCUGGACCUGAACACGGCGCUGGGCGACCUCGUGCUUUACAACUUCACCACCAACCGCUGGUCCCGGCUGGAGCUGAGCCCAGCCCCGGCCCCCCGGCACUCGCACGUGGCCGUAUGCUGGCGCGACGCCCUGGUGCUGAGCGGGGGCGAGCUGGCGGGGGGGGCGCUGGCCCGCGACGUCUGGGUCUUCGACCCGCUGCGGGGGGGCUGGCGGGAGCUGCACCCCCAGAACGGCACCCGGCCCCCCGGCUUGGCCGCCCACGCCGCCGCCCUCGUCGACGACUGGCUCUACGUCUUCGGAGGUCGCACGGCCGAGGACGUUUUCUCCUCCCAGCUCUUCCGCUUCCACCUGGAGACGUGGGGCUGGGAGCGGGUGGUCCCGUGGGGCGGGAAGCCCCCCGCCGCCGCCGGCCACUCCAUGGUCUUCCACCCCCCCUCCCGCACCCUCCUCGUCUACGGGGGGCACCGGCCCUCCACCGCACGGUUCAGCAUGCGGGUGAACACCACCGACCUGUUCCACGUGGACCUGCGGCACUGGACCACGCUGCGCGCCCGGGACGGCGCCCACGGCCCCCGCGAACGCGCCUUCCACACCGCCACCGUCAUCGGCGACUACAUGGUGGUCUACGGGGGGAACGUGCACAUCCACUACCACGAGGAGAAGUGCUACGAGGACGAGAUCUUCUUCUACCACCUGGGCUGCCACCAGUGGGUCCCCAGCGCCGAGCUGGCCCACGGGCUGCCCCACGGUGAGGGGGGACGGGGGGCUGCCCCACG